AUGGAGUUGAAAUCGCCAGUCAUCAGAAGUGAGCAUAUCUAUAGAGCCUAUUGGUUAUAUUGGCGUCUUUUGGGUUUGGAGAGCCAUUUUCCGCUGAACCGUUUGCUGGAUGUGUUGAUCACAGUCUUUGUGACCUUUUGGUAUCCAAUUCAUCUGAUUCUCGGCCUAUUUAUGGAAAGAACACUUGGCGAUGUCUGCAAAGGUCUACCAAUCACAGCUGCCUGCUUUUUCGCCAGCUUUAAAUUUGUUUGUUUCCGUGCGAAGUUGUCAGAGAUUAAAACAAUUGAAGUCCUGUUUAAAGAGCUCGAUCAGCGAGCUUUGAGUGACGAGGAAUGCAAGUUUUUUGAUAAAAACACAAGACGCGAGGCGAAUUUUAUUUGGAAAAGUUUUAUUGUGGCCUAUGGACUGUCCAAUGCUUCGGCGAUAGCAUCCGUUCUUUUUGGCGGUGGUCACAAGUUGUUAUAUCCGGCCUGGUUUCCAUACGAUGUGCAGGCCUCAGAGCUACGCUUUUGGCUAAGUGUAACAUACCAAAUAGUCGGAGUGAGUCUGGCAAUACUCCAGAACCUGGCUAAUGACUCCUAUCCGCCGAUGACAUUUUGCGUGGUUGCUGGACAUGUGAGACUUUUGGCAAUGCGUUUGAGUAGAAUAGGCCACGAUCAAAAGGAAUCAAAUUCGUCAGUCGCCAGGAAAUUAAUCGAAAGCAUCGAGGACCACCGGAAACUCAUGAAAAUCGUAGAACUGCUGCGCAGCACCAUGAACAUAUCCCAGCUCGGCCAGUUUAUAUCCAGUGGCGUCAACAUUUCCAUAACGCUCGUCAAUAUUUUGUUUUUUGCGGAAAAUAACUUUGCGGUGACCUAUUACGGCGUAUACUUCUUAUCCAUGGUGCUAGAACUAUUUCCGUGCUGCUACUACGGCACCCUGAUUUCCAUCGAGAUGAGCAGGCUGACCCACGCGAUAUACUCGAGCAACUGGCUGGGAAUGGAGCGGGGAUACUGCCGCACCCUCCUGAUUUUCAUGCAACUCACCCUGGCGGAGGUGCAAAUAAAGGCCGGUGGCAUGAUUGGCAUCGGCAUGAAUGCCUUCUUCGCCACCGUGCGAAUGGCCUACUCCUUCUUCACACUGGCCAUGUCGCUGCGAUAA